CAGAUGGCAACAAAAGGGAACGAGCAAAGUGGACAUGUACCUUGUCCAGAUAAAUUACUUUUUCUUUAGCUGGGGAGUGCCUUUCUUUCUUUCUGCAGACAAUGUUUAGGAAACUGACUCUUUCAGUGCACAAUGAUGCAAUGAGCACCGAUUUCAUUGCUUUCUUUCCUUAUUAAGCUUUGAUUACCUAUCUGUAAUCCGGCUGUACUCCUCUUUUCUACAGAAGUGGGAAAUGCCCACCUCACCAAUUUUUUUGGCUUUGCUGUUGCAUUAUAUGGGUUUCCUAAUUGGAUUAACCGAAUGAAGACCCAUUUAUUGGUUUUGGGUUUUCUGAGUUUGCAACAACAAUGGCCUUCGCUUCUUGCUUCAGCAGUCCUCGAUUGCCCCUUAAGAUGGACCAUAAGAGGCAAGCUAUAGGUCAUUGCCACAUUGUUGGAGUGCAUCAAAGCUUCUAUUUUAAAGGUAUAACCACAGAACUUUUUGGUUGUCGAGUUGCAAGAGUGCGAACUGAGGCGUGCAGUGACUCGAGUUUUAUCAGAGGAUCUAAACUGCUCAUUAAGCCGAAAGUUACAAGCUUUGUUCGCAGUGGAAUGGGCUCUCUAGUCAUUGCUUCAUGGUUUUCAAGCUCUCAAAUUGCUAGCGGUGUUUUUACCAUUGGAACGGCCGCUGUUCUCCCAUUCUACACUCUCAUGGUUGUUGCUCCUAAAGCUGAAUUGACCAGAAGGUCUAUGGAAAGUACCAUACCGUAUAUUGUGCUUGGACUUUUGUAUGGAUAUCUUCUAUACCUCUCCUGGACGCCUGAUACUAUACGGUGGAUGUUCGCUAGCAAAUAUUUGCUGCCAGAACUGCCAGGAAUUGCCAAGAUGUUCUCGAGCGAGAUGACAUUAGCUUCUGCAUGGAUUCACUUAUUGGCUGUAGAUCUCUUUGCCGCAAGGCAAGUGUUUCACGACGGACUGGAAAAUGAAGUUGAGACUCGGCAUUCAGUCUCUCUUUGCCUUCUUUUCUGUCCUAUUGGAAUUCUUACGCAUGUUCUCACUAAGGCAGUCACAAAAGGUGCUGGAAAUACUAAGCAUGGAAUGUGAUAACAUCUCAUUCAGAAACAUUUGACUAUGGAUCAUCAGCAGCACUAAUUUGAAUGGAAAUUUGUUCAAUGGAUUAUCAUAAUUUGACCUCUUUCUUUCAUCAAUGCAGUGAGCCUUCUUGUUUUCUGUCCUA